GACCUGGAGGCGGAAGCUGUCACAUAAACAGAAAGCUAGCAUAUAAAACUACUGGGACGACUGAACUUAGAUUGAUCAUUUUUUCCAUCUGUUAAAGGUGUGUAGUGUACAUUAGGGCGCGUUUAGCCAUGGCUUCGAGUCAUGCAAAGGACUCCAGCUUUUUGGGAGGCAGGAUACCACCAGAAAUUGAGUCAUUGUCGAAAAACCUGAAGGAUGUGGACCAAGAGAUGUUCCGAAAAAUCCUCAAAGCUGUGGUCAGUGCCCUGGAAGGGAAGGACUGCAGGGAGGUGAUGAAGGCAAUAGCAGAGAGCAGUACCAUCCCACAGGAGAGGCUCAGUCACAUCAUAGCUGGGAUGUACAGAGUGUUGUCUGAGGCCAUCCGCAUCCCCACAUCAUCGCUCAAACAGGAGGCAUUCAAAGAAGAUCUCAGAGAAUUAAGGAUACCUGAAGACUUUAUCACAGAUUUCUCCAGCGUGGUUUUUGGAAAUCGCCGUGCAGCUCUAGAGGCAGCGACCUCCCAGAAUGAUCCUCACCUGCCCACAAUAGAAGACUUUAAAUGGAGAGUGGAUGUUGCCAUUUCUACAAGCUCUUUAGCCAGGGCCCUGCAGCCCUCUGUGCUGAUGCAGAUUAAACUAACAGAUGGGAAUUUUCACCGCUUUGAGGUGCCAGUGUCUAAGUUCCAGGAGCUCCGCUACAACGUGGCUUUGAUUCUCAAGGAGAUGAAUGAUCUGGAAAAGAGGAACAUUCUCAAAAUCCAAGACUGACACGCCAUCUUUUCUACUUAGCUUUUAGUUUGUGAGAUUUAAAUUGAAUCUUGUAAAAUGUACUGCACACGGAACAACAUUCAAUUUAGGAAUUUAAAAUGUAUUGUAAAUGAUAAUAAUGUUGAUUUGUCUGUCAUGAUGUUAUGCUAUGCUAUGCAGUAUAGUCAGCAGGCUGCAUCAUGGGACAGUUUCCUGUGUCUGAGACUGUAAUCAGACUGUGUCACUUAUUUUCGUGCUUUGUUAUAAACGGUAUAUAUUACCAUUAUUCAGUUUAGUGGUCUGUAUAUGUGAGACAGCUGCAAAGCUCCAUUGUGCCAAAAUACAAGUGCAGCCAAGCGAAGGCUCAGACACUCUCU